AAGCUAAAGAAAUGUUCAAUUUGUGGAAAAAUAUUAAAUAGUUAUUAUCUUGCAACUCAUAUGAGAACCCACAGUGGAGAAAAACCUUACAAAUGUGGUGUGUGCAGUAAACAUUUUAAUUACUUGAAUUAUCAUAUUAAGCACGUCCAUGACAAAAUCAAACCUUUUCAAUGUGAUGUUUGUGGUAAAAAAUUAACUAAGUACAUCAGACGGCACAUGAUGCUGCAUAGAAACGAUACAAGGUUUAUGUGUAAAAUAUGUGGGCGUAUCAACACCUCCAAUUUUCAUUUACAAAAGCAUAUGUCAAUACAUUCAGAUGCCAGGCCCUUCUCUUGUGAUAUUUGUGGUAAAACUAUGAAAUUGAAAUAUACUUUAAAUGCUCAUAUGAAGGUUCAUUCUGAAGUUGCAAAAAAUCAAUGUAAAGUGUGUAACAAGACAUUUCACUGCUUCAGUAAUUUCAAUAUUCAUAUGAAAAGACAUGAAGGAAACAAGGACAUCCCCUGUAGUCAGUGUGAUAAGAAAUUUUAUUCCAUUAGCCUACGAAAUGAACACGUUCAAAAAAUCCAUCUUGGGAAAAGGAAGCGAUCUUGUACAUACUGUGACUAUACUUCACAAUCAAAAUCUGCGUUGGAUAUACACAUUAGAACUCAUACUAACGAGAGACCAUAUACUUGCUCCAAAUGUGGCAAAUCAUUUAAAAUUAAAAGUUCUUUGGAAAGACAUAUGGCUAUACAUGUAGAUGAAAAACUUUAUAAAUGUGAUGAGUGUCCGUGGGCAUUUAAGCAUCCCCACAGACUAGAUAGUUUAAGAUAUCAUCAUAAAUCCAAGCAUCUGAAUCUAAAACCCUUUCAAUGUGACAUUUGUGGUAAAUCUUUUAAAUCAUCAGCCCGUAAUGCAGUUGUAGUUCACAUGAGAACUCAUACUGGAGAGAAACCUUACUCAUGUGAUGUGUGUGGAAAGUCUUUUGCUACUAAAUGUACGCUGGAAAGACAUACACCUAUACACACUGGAAGUAGACCAUUUGAAUGUGAAGAAUGUGGGAAAACCUUUCCUUAUAAAGCUGCUUUAAACAAACAUACCCGA